AGAGCGGCGAGGGCUUUUGGAGAUUAUCUUUCUCAAAACCAUCCCGAAGGCAAGAAUGGUGCAGAUCACUUGCUGGCCGAGUCGUAUGUGGGUCCAGAAGACUCCCCAGAGAUCCACGUGGGUGUUCAGAACAAGCGGCGGUUGUCUCUCAUUUCUGACGGGAAGUUUCAGCCCGCCUUCCCCGAGGAAGCCAGCGAGAAGCUAGCAGGCGAGGGCCCCAAACCCCGCGUCUACACCAUCUCCAGCGAGAGGCCCAUGCUGUCGCAGCAGCAGAGCGAGAGCAUGGAGCUGGUGGUCAUCAAAGGGACAGAAGCAGAAGAAGAAGGAGAGGAAGAAGAAGGAGAGGUGGACGGGGACCGGUCCUUAGGUCAGCCUCUCCACAACGCCAGGAGUUCUCACAACCUCAGCCGACAAUGCAAGGCCAGUUGGCCAAGUCACCAGCAAGGCUCGAAAGAGUAUCCCAGCUGUGCCCAGUUGACGGUGUCAUCUCAGCAUCCCUUUGAUCUAGAACACCACCACCAUCACCACCACCACCAUCAACACCAGCACCAUCAACACCAGCACCACCAUCAGACCCAAGCUGGUGAGACCGGCUGGCAGCGGAAGAAGCUGGAACGCAUGUAUAGCAUGGAGCCUGUUUCCGAUGAGGUUCCUAUCAGGACCUGGCUGCCCAAAGAAAACCUUUUCACUUUCCAGACAGCGACAACCACUAUGCAAGCCAUUUCGGCGUUCAGGGGCUACGCUGAGAGGAAGCGUCGAAAACGGGAGAACGAUUCGGCGGCUUUGAUCCAGAGAAACUUCCGGAAACACCUCCGUAUGGUAGGCAGCCGGCGGAUGAAGGCGCAAACUUUUGCCGAGCGGCAGAGAAGUUUCAGCCGGUCCUGGAGCGAUCCCACUCCCAUUAAGCCUGAAAACCUCAACGAUUCCCGAGAAAGCCAUGAAUUUCAGGAUUCCUGCUGUGCCAUUGACAAAGGGGUCGACUUGAACUGGGAGGUGGAGAAAGAAGUGGAAGCGGCCGCCUGCAGUGGGGAGGACUUCGUUCCCCCCAAAAUCAUGCUCAUUUCCUCCAAGGUGCCCAAAGCCGAGUAUGUUCCAACAAUUAUCCGCCGUGAUGACCCAUCGAUCAUCCCCAUUCUCUAUGAUCAUGAACACGCCACCUUCGAUGACAUUCUGGAGGAAAUCGAAAAAAAACUCAACAUCUACCGGAAGGGCUGCAAAAUUUGGAAAAUGUUGAUUUUUUGCCAGGGAGGUCCGGGCCAUUUAUACCUCUUGAAGAAUAAAGUCGCCACCUUUGCCAAAGUGGAGAAGGAGGAAGACAUGAUCUACUUCUGGAAGCGGUUGAGCCAUCUGAUGAGCAAGCUGAACCCGGUUCCAAAUGUCAUCCACAUCAUGGGAUGUUACGUCUUGGGGAACCACAAUGGGGAGAAGCUAUUCCAAAAUUUAAAGAAUCUGAUGAGUCCUUGCCGAGUGACCUUCGAAUCUCCUCUUGAACUUUCAGCUCAAGGAAAGGAAAUGAUCGAGACUUAUUUUGACUUCCGUCUCUACCGAGUCUGGAAGACCCGCCAGCAUUCCAAGCUGCUCGAUUACGAUGACAUUUUAUGA